UCUCCCCAGACUACUCCCCAGCCAGAGUUACCUUCUCCCCAGACUACUCCCCAGGCAGAGUUACCUUCUCCCCAGACUACUCCCCAGCCAGAGUUACCUUCUCCCCAGACUACUCCCCAGCCAGAGUUACCUUCUCCCCAGACUACUCCCCAGCCAGUUACCUUCUCCCCAGACUACUCCCCAGCCAGAGUUACCUUCUCCCCAGACUACUCCCCAGCCAGAGUUACCUUCUCCCCAGACUACUCCCCAGCCAGAGUUACCUUCUCCCCAGACUACUCCCCAGCCAGAGUUACCUUCUCCCCAGACUACUCCCCAGCCAGAGUUACCUUCUCCCCAGACUACUCCCCAGCCAGAGUUACCUUCUCCCCAGACUACUCCCCAGGCAGAGUUACCUUCUCCCCAGACUACUCCCCAGCCAGAGUUACCUUCUCCCCAGACUACUCCCCAGCCAGAGUUACCUUCUCCCCAGACUACUCCCCAGCCAGUUACCUUCUCCCCAGACUACUCCCCAGCCAGAGUUACCUUCUCCCCAGACUACUCCCCAGCCAGAGUUACCUUCUCCCCAGACUACUCCCCAGCCAGAGUUACCUUCUCCCCAGACUACUCCCCAGCCAGAGUUACCAUCUCCCCAGACUACUACCCAGCCAGAGUUAGCUUCUCCCCAGCGAGUUACCUUCACCCCAGAUUACUCCCCAGCCAGAGUUACCUUCUCCCCAGACUACUCCCCAGCCAGA